CAACCCACACGAAACCCACCAAUUAUUUCGAGCUAAAACUAAAACCGAGACCAAAGGAACCACCGCCUGCUCCUCUUCCUUCCACCCCAUCUCCUCUUUUUCCUCUCUUCCUUAUAUUUCUCCGAUCACCGUCACGACGAUCUGACCCCGGCGGCCUCGGAUCCAGGAGUUCUUAGAUCUGGAGGUUGUAUUCAGGUGAUCAGAAAUAUAGAUGGUAUAUAAUGCUGUCUUAAGUGGCUUUGUUCAAAGGAACGAGGGUGGAAAGAGGGUUUGGGACCUCCUUGAGAUAGGAAUUUGGCUUGAGAAUUGCAAGGAUGAUGGUGGAUUCAGGUCUAGCUGUGGAGCGUCAAGCUACCGCCAAUGUAUCCCCUGAAAAGGAUCGUGAAGUAAAUGGCGAUUACACAAGUGGAGGAUGGAAAAGCAUGGAUGCAAGUUGGCAGUGUGGAUAUGCUAGCUUUAAGGGGAAAAGGCCAAGCAUGGAAGAUAACUAUGAUCAUAAAUCAGCGGAAAUUGAUGGAAAUUUGAUCAGCCUUUUUGGAAUAUUUGAUGGACACGGCGGUCCACGUGCUUCUGAAUAUUUGAAGGAACACCUGUUCAACAACCUAACAAAGCAUCCACUACUCAUGGUGGAUACAAAAGUUGCAAUAAGCGAAACAUUUAAAAGAACUGAUUCAGACUUCCUAGCAUCCGAAAGUAAUACUACCAGAGAUGAUGGUUCGACAGCCUCUACUGCUGUUCUGAUAGGCAAACAAUUAUUUGUAGCUAAUGUGGGUGAUUCACGUGCUGUAAUAUGUAAGGCAGGAAAAGCAAUUCCUCUCUCUGAUGAUCACAAGCCGAAUAGAAGCGACGAGCGCAAGAGAAUUGAGGAUGCUGGAGGAAUUGUCAUGUGGGCUGGUACCUGGAGGGUUGGAGGCAUAUUAGCAAUGUCUCGAGCAUUUGGCAACCGCCUUCUGAAACAAUUUGUUCUAGCAGAACCAGAGAUUCAGGAACAACUGGUGGAUGAAGAGUUGGAAUUCCUGAUUUUGGCUAGUGAUGGGCUUUGGGACGUCGUGCCAAACGAGGAUGCAGUUUCACUUGUGAGAAUGGAAGAGGAACCGGAAGCUGCCGCUAGGAAGUUGACAGAGACCGCUUUCGCACGUGGCAGUUCAGACAACAUUACAUGCAUUGUUGUUCGAUUCCUUCACGGCAGAAUGGAAGUUACUCCAUUAUCAGUGACUCAAGAUCAAUGCGUUCCAUGUGGAGGCUCCCAGGACGGUUGUUGAGAUGCAAGUCAAAGAAAACCUACUGUGAUCUAUUAGAUCUUGUGCUGCACCUGCCAAGCAGUAAAGUUCUGUUUUUUUUCCCUGAGUCUAUCAGAAGUACUCUUUGUUUUCCUAGCUCCAUUCAUUAAUUUAUUUUUCGAGUGAAAAAGUAAAGGAACUUCCAAAAACAUUUUGAUGAUUAAUUUGUUGAAUGCUCGUUUUCCCCUUGUCAA